AUGGCCAAAGAGUACCAGUUCAGUUGGAAGCCCAACAUUCCUGAUGCUCUUCUAAAGGGUUAUGAAUUCGAUAAAUAUGAUGAUGAAAGUAUUUGUCUAGAAUGUCGUACAUUUCUUCGUGUAGAUGAAUAUGGAUUUUUUUUAUAUUGGACGUCAGAAGAAAGGAAAGACACAUCGGUGCUCGAUCUUAUUCUGGUCUGGGAAACAAGACGUGGUGUAUUACCAAAAGAUGGACGGAUAAUGUUUGAAUUGGAACAGCAUGGACCCCGCGAAACCAUUGAAGACAGAACAGUUUGGCUUACAUAUGGUCCUGACCUAGUCAGUGUUAGCAAUUAUUAUUUGGUCGCAGAAGAUAUUGAAAUUGCCAAAAUUUGGCGAAAUGGCAUAAAUGAAAUUUUAAGAACAAAUAAAAUGCGUCAUAUUUCUUAUACAACAAGUCUGAUGAAGAAUUGGCGAUAUUUGUGUAUCUGUUUGAAUGAACAUCAAAAAAUUCCAAUAAAAAAUAUUGUCAAAAUUUUUUCCGGUGGUAAAACAGAUCGAAUAGUACAGAAGUGUCUCAGUGAUCUCGGACUUUCGGGCAAUAAAGAGCAUGAUGAACUUGAUGUAGAAUUAUUUACUUUCGACAAAUAUUUGCGUUUGUAUUAUAAAAUUUGUCCACGAAGUGAUGUGCAAGAAUUAUUCGUAAAAUUAAGUGGUCAGAAAGAAUAUCUUACCAAAGAUCGCUUGAUAAAUUUUUUAAAUGAAGAACAGAGGGAUCCUCGGCUGAACGAAAUACUGUUCCCAUUUUUUGAUGACAAGAGAGUGCUGAAUUUAAUAUCGAAAUAUGAAACAGAUGAAAAUUAUAUAAACAAUGGAAAAAUGUCUGGCGAUGCUUUCUUGCGGUUUUUGAUGUCUGAUGAGAAUGCACCAAUAUUUUUGGAUCGAGUAGAGCUUUAUCAAGAUAUGGAUCAACCUCUUUGCCAUUAUUAUAUUAAUAGCUCACACAACACAUAUCUUACUGGAAGACAAUAUGGAGGAAAAAGUUCAACAGAAAUUUACCGUCAGGUUUUAUUAUCGGGGUGUAGAUGUAUUGAAUUAGAUUGUUGGGAUGGUACCGGGGAAAAUAAAGGUGAACCGAUUAUCACUCACGGUAAAGCAAUGUGCACAGAUGUUUUUUUCAAGGAUGUACUCUAUCAAAUUCGAGACACUGCUUUUGCUAGGUCCGAUUUUCCGGUGAUUUUAUCAUUCGAAAAUCAUUGCUGUAGAUCAAAUCAACUCAAAAUGGCGAAAUACUGCAUGGAAAUAUUUGGUGAUAUGUUAUUGUCAAAGCCUCUGGAAGAUAAUCCGCUUGAACCAGGUGUACAACUUCCGUCACCCAAUCGUUUGAAACGUAAAAUACUGAUUAAAAAUAAGCGGUUAAAAGCGGAUAUUGAAAAAUUACAAAUGGAACAAUUUCUUCGUGAGGGUAAAUUAGAUGAAGAAGAUGAGCUGGUCGAAAAUCCAAGAGCUAUUGUUGGCGAGGAAAUUUCAACACUUUCACUUGAUGACCAGAGAGCCCAUUCGGAGGUAGAAGUUUGUGAUACACAGUCAACAUCGACAUUAGACGCAAAUGAUGGUAUGCCAUUGAGAGACUUGGACGAAGCAUAUCCUGAAUUGAAGCAAACAAAUUUCAUAUCAAAAUUGAAGCCUCUUUCUGGAAGUGAAUCAACGCCACACAUCACUAGGAAUGUGGCAUUACCCAUAUUUCCAUCAUCAUCAUCAUUCCGCAGCAAACGAUCGUUUCGGCGAACUUCACGCGUUCCUGAAUGUGAAGGUAAUGGCGGGAGUUUGAGUGCUGCAUUACUGGAUCCACAGUCACAACGUCACUUAUCAACAAGGCAGAAAAACAAAAAGGCAAUUUAUAUUAGGAAUUAA